AAUGCAAAGCUGGCAACUGCAACCAAUUAAACGGAAAUAACCGGGGGAAACAUUUACGUGUUACACGUUUGGAGCCAUGUGAGUACAAGGUGUUUCUGGAGAGCGGGUUCCUAAAUUUGCGUGAAGUACGUAUAACUGUGCUAAAGCCGAUCAAGAGGGUACUUUUUUUUCUAACUAGCGUAUGAAAAAUCUCUAUUGAAUUCUUAAUCAAGGUUUAAAGGAGCUAAAAUGGACUUGAAUAAAACUGUGAAGCGACUGUAUGUGGGAGGAUUGAAUCACAGAGUCACUGAAAAGGAGCUGCAGCAGAGGUUUGGAAAGUUUGGUGAUGUGUCUGACGUGCAGAUCAUUACAAGGAAAGAUAACCAUGGAAUACCUGUGAAGACAUUUGGAUAUUUGAAUAUAACCACAACAACAGCAGAACUCCAUAAGUGCAUGUCUGUUUUAAAUAAAACAAAGUGGAAGGGUGAAACUUUACAAAUUGAGAUGGCAAAAGAAAGUUUCCUACAAAGGUUGUGUGAGGAACAAAAGCAAUCAGUUGUGGUAAAACAGUCCUUCCACUCUGACACAAUACCUCAGUUUAUGGAGUCCUUGAAAAUGGCUGGAGUUGAGAAUUUCCAUAUGAAAGCUGCUGUUCCAGGAAGUGAGGUUCCUGGACACAAGAAAUGGGUUGUGGGGAAGUUUGGAAGAGUCCUUCCUGUACUUCACCUAAAAGCAAGAGGACAGAAUAAAAUAUUAAAGUAUGAUCCCUCUAAGCAUUGCCAUGGCAUUAGGAAUUUGGACCAGGAAGCAGACUACAAUCAUUUUACACCUAUCUCAAAACUGACUUGGUUUUUUGAGGAAGCAGAUGGAGAUAUAAGCAGGAAAAGACAAGGAGAGUUUCCAAUUCCGAAAAAGAAGAGAAAGGGAAUCACAGAGGAUUUUCAAAGAAAAAAUUUUGCAGAUUUAAAGAAAAGUGCAGACAAUCCUUCAGAUAUUAAAGGCACAUCCAGGGCAUAUUUCUCUAACCCUGUCAAGGCACCAAAUCAAAGACAGGAAAAUGGAUCCUGGCCAAGGUUUACUAGUUCCAUGGUGCAUGACAUUGAUGUUGAGUCUGAGGAAGAAAUUAAAAGGAUGGUGGCAAAGGAGAAUAAAAAAUAUGGUGGAGAGUUUUGCAAAGCAAAUGAUGAUCUGGAAGUGGUAGACAGUGACUUUUCUGUAAUGUAUAAUAGUCACAAGAAUAAUGAAACAAACAGAGGUUCUUUGGUUACGGGCUUGGACCCUAGCAGAGGAUAUGAUUCAGCAGAUACUGAUGAAAUCAUUACAUUUAACAAGGCUAAUUUUGGUCAAAUCAAACAGAAAGUGGAACCAGCUGUCCCUACCACCAGUAGAGAUGUCACCAAAAAGACUCCAUCAAAGGAAAAGUCUAAAAAGAGACAGUUUGAAAUGAGAAAAGCAUGGUCUUCCAUGAAAUGCAAAACAGCUGAGACAUGUUGCAGUUCUGAGGACAGUGAAUCUUCUGUUGAUUCAGAUUAUGAAGCUAUGAUGCAUAACAGUUGUCGUGUAGAUUUGACUUUAACAGAAAUGGAGACAUUGGCAAAAAUUAAUGAGAGAGAAGACAAAGUAGACUUUAAAUGGCUGCAUAAUGAUUCAGUAAAACAGAUUUGCACACCUGAGGAAAUCCUGGAAUCUCUCAUUGGGGAUGACAGCAGUGAGGAUGAAAGUAAGUGGACAAAAAGGAAUGGAGUUGUUCAAGAGCUGCCAUCCUUUAAAGGGACUAGAAUCCUCUCCAAAUCAAAUCAAAGUGCUCAAUGUUAUACUGAAGACAGUGUGACAAACUUCCAAAGUGUAUCAGAUGUGUCUCCAUUUGGAUCAGAAGCUUGUAAAAAGGAAAGAAAAAAGAUCUUCUGUAAGGAUGGAAUUUUUCAUGCUGAAAGUAGCUGUGAACAGAGAGAAGAGGUCUUUGUUUGUAAUUCAGUGGUAUCUAAAGAUUGUCAGACUAUUACAAAUUUAAUAGUGCCAAGUUCAGGCGUGCUGAGUAGUGAGUGUCCUGGGAAAGGUUUCAGAGAGAAGAAACAGCUGGCAUACAAAAAAAAUUACCACUCUGGAAAUACAGAGGAAACUAUGCCCUGGAGUUCUUGUUCAUCAUCCAGCCAUAAUACUAAUGCAGAAAAAAGGGAUGUAAAUUCCACAAUGUCUAAAAGCAGUUGUGUUCCUCCAAAGAAGGAAAUCAUGAGUAAAAGUACUAUGGACACACAUAGCUGUUUGUCACAAACUAUGAACCCUAAUGUGACAAAUACAGUUAAACAGCAACAGGACAAUCUCCGGAGGAUGGCAGCUCUUAUGCAGAGGGAGAAGGAGGCAAGUUUGCAAAAGACACAGAUCCGGUUAGCUUUAUCAAAUCUGGACUCUUCAGACUCUGGAAAUGGUAAACAUAUUUUCUUUAAGGAAAACAACGAAGAAGAGGCAGAGUUGCAAGAUACAGAAAAGGAAAGCCAGCAGAUGUUAAUGGGAUCUUUACAGACGGUUGUUCAAGCAGAAAAAAAAAGUCCUACUAAGUUGUUUGAAAACACUGAGGAUGAAGAGAAUGAUAAAGAUGAUGAUGGCAGGUUUCAACUGAAAGCCCACUUCGAAGGAAAAGCUGGACAGAAACUUAUGAGGCUGCAGUCCCACUUUGGAACUGACGAAAGAUUUCGAAUGGAUUGUCGUUUCCUUGAAAGUGAAGAUGAGCAGGAUGUUGCUGAAUGUUCAAGUACAUGUUCCCCUUCUGAUGCUGUUCCACUUGCACAAGAAAAGCAAAGAAACCUGGAAAUUCUACAGAAUCUUCUUCACAUUGACACUCAAAGCGCAAAGAGUGUAAAGAAUCACUCAUUUAGGAAUGUUUCCUCUUUGCACUAUGAUCCUUCCCAAGAGGACCAUGUAGCUAUUGAAGCUAGUGCUACCACUGAUGUGAAUCAAAAUAGUAAACCAGAGAGACAUCAAAAGUGUCUUGAAACAGAGAUGAUGCAGAAUGUCACCAAAGAGAUUUAUUAUGAAAUCACAGCUAAUUUCAAAGAAACAUUUGGAUCUUCAAAGGAGAGAGAGGAUGUUCCAUGGGAUGAAAAAGAUGAAGGCCUUCAUUUAGACCCCACUGAAUACAGAGUCAAUACAGUAGAUAAGUCCCCAGGAUUCACAUUUUCAUUCUUCGGAGAGGAUACCGUGGAUGACAUCAAAGCUAAUACAGAGUCAUACAAAAUAGAGACCAUAAAAGCAUCAAAAUUGUCAUGGAUGGAGGACCCCCGCUUUAUAGACAGCAGUUCAGAUGAAAUGGAGAAUGAAGAGGAAGGUGGAAAUGGUGACAAAAUGUUGCUACCUGAGAAGACACAGGGUGAGCAGUUUCCAGCGAGGAAAUCAAAUCUCUUCUUUUUCUUCAAAGGAGAUGAACGGCUACAAGAUGGUCCUGAAGUGUUCUGUCGCACUGGUAAUUUAGAAGAUCAACGAGAACAAUGGGAAGCAGCCUGCACAUCUCUAAGAGAAGAAUACAGAAAGAAGCAUAAAGAUGCAAAACGCAAGAUGAAAUUGAGACAAAGCAAAUAAAUGAGGACACUGGCACCUUGAGAAGGUUAUUUAUUCUACAGAAUAAGUAACAUAUGUUUCCCAUCUUCAUUAGCAUUGAUUCCGAACAAAGCAACUUGUCAUUUUUACAAAUAAAAGUGCUGCAUGUGUAUCACAUUGCACUAGUUACUUUCAAAAACCUCCUGACCUCAUAAGAAAAAUAAUUGGUCUUUUCCUUUCAACACAGUGCUUUUCUGAACAAUUAUUGUAUUUGUACAAAAUAAAGUGUACAAUAUUGCAGUUAUAACUGGAAGAUGUAAACUAGGGUUUUAUCUACAAAAGGGCAACUAUUAUAUUAUACCAUAUGUACCAUAUAACUAAAGGGAUAACUGUAAAUUGAA